AUGACAACCAUACUCGAAAUCUCCGAGGUUUCGCCUCCGCCAGGUGGGCCCACUGAGCUAUUUGUGCCCCUUACUUUAUUCGACAUCAUGUGGGUCCAUUUCCACCGCAUUCAACGCCUUCUCUUUUACGACCACCCUUCUUCCCAACCCUACUUCUCGGAAAACCUCAUCCCGAAUCUCAAACGAUCACUCUCACUCGCUCUCCAACACUACCUUCCCUUAUCGGGCCACUUGAUCUACCCUCUUAACACGGCCCACGAUGAUGACAAAAAGCCCGUUUUUCGUUACCGGGUUGGGGACUCAGUCUCGUUCACAACUGCAUUAUCCGAACAUGAUUUUGACGAGCUAGUUGCGGACAAUGCCCAAGAUGCCGAUCGAUUUUACGAAUUUGUCCCCGAGAUGCCGCCACCAAAAGACGAGCUCGACUGCAAGGUGGUUCCGGUUUUAGCCCUCAAAGCAACACUUUUUCCCGGUCGAGGUGUAUGCAUCGGCUUUUCCAACCAUCAUAGUAUUGGAGACGCGUGUUCGAUUUUCGCCUUCUUGAAGGCGUGGUCAUCCAUCGCGAAAUCUAAAGGAGUUGAUUUUUCCUUUUCUUUUUCGACUUUCGAUAGGUGUUUCGUCGAGGAUCCUUCGGGUGUCGGCAAUAUCUAUUGGAAAUCAAUGAGGGAGAUUGCUUUGAAGCCAAGGUCCUUUCCUUUGCCCACGAAUAGGGUUAGAGCGACUUUUACUCUCGACCGGGCUAAUAUAGAAAGGCUUAAGGACUUGGUUUCGGCUGAGAAACCGAGUCUCGGUCGAGUCUCGUCGUUUGUUGUCACGGUUUCUUAUGUUAGGGCUUGUCUGGCGAAAUCGAGCGACGAAAUUGGAGAAGAAACGGACGAUGAUGUGGUGGACUAUUUGAUUUUCGCCGUGGAUCUUCGGGCCCGCAUGGACCCUCCCGUACCAGAUAAUUAUUUCGGCAACUGUUUAGGAUUCGGGUUGGCGAAAAUCGAACAUAGACAACUUGUGGGGGGAAAAGGAUUCAUGAUACUUGCCGAGGCUGUUGCCAAAGAUAUUAAAAAUAGGUUGAAUAACAAGCAUGAGGUUUUGAGAGGUGCCGAGAAUUGGAUUUCGAAUAUCCGAGAAUUGAAGGGAUCAAAGAGUACGAGGGUAGUUGGGGUGUCCGGUUCUCCGAAAUUCGACUUCUCGGAUGUCGAUUUUGGAUGGGGAAAGGCAAGAAAGUUGGAAGUGGUGUCGAUCGACGGGGACCACUAUUCGAUAUCGUUGAGUAAGUCGAGGGGUUCAAAUGGAGGAUUGGAGGUUGGAUUAUCAUUACCAAGGGAUAGAAUGGAAGCUUUUGGUGCUAUAUUUGCUAAGGGAUUAAUGGGAUCUUGA